AGUACAGGCUGCUGAAUCGCGUCUACUCGCUUCCCGCAAGGUCAAGUGCGAGCGUCCAAGUCAUUGCUCCUCCUGUGCGCGCAUACCUACUUGCGCAGCGCACCUAGUGCUAUUACAAUCGGUGAUCGGUGUUCUUUACUCGCGUAGGAAGAUGCUUCGGAGACAACUUGUUUUGGCGUGCCUGUUCUGCUGGGCCGCGCGAACAACGGCCAGCAGCGACGACCGGUUCAUCAAGAAAUACGCAAUGAUGAAGAUUUAUGAAAGUUGUUUUGGUCCAGAGGUAGUAAAACAAAUUCGACAAGAAAUGAAGGACGCAUAUGCAAAAUGUUCUGCACCGCCAUCUUUCGAUGCGCAACCGAACUUGCAUCUCCCGCCGUCGGUGCUCUUGGGGAAACUGCCGCCCGGCUUUGCCAUGGACCCGAGCUCGCAAACCAUCACUAAGCCCACAGAUGGCGCUAUACACAACCAGGAGAAUGAUUUGCCAAAUCAAGACUCGCAUUCUCUUAAAGGGUCGCCUCUAGGAGGGGUCCUUGCAUUUAGACCACAUGGGUCGCAGUUUCCUCAGCAGCAGCCGGCCGUGCCCCCGUACAUGAUGCCCGGCAGUCCUCAGUUCAGACCGUUUAGCCCUGCGACACCUUUCUACCAAUUCCCUUACGGCGCGCCCGGUCUAUUCUACCCCCCGGGAAUGCCGUCGUAUAAUCCCUACGCGUACCAACAACAAUAUCCGCAAGGCUUUUAUCAGCAACCGGGUUACUUUGGAUCUAAUAGAAUGUCGCGAGAGUUGGACAUCCGCGACAGACUGGAUUUAAUCUCGCGCACCGGCGGAGCGGGCCCGGCGGGGUCGAGCGGUGGUCGCGUGCGCAACAUCACGUGCGUCAUGCAGGAGCUGGGCUACAUCGACCACAACCUCGAGCCCAACUACGAGCAGAUCACGCAGCGCAUCGCCAACCUGCCCGUCUCUAGCGAGCUUAAGGGCGACAUUCAAGACGGCCUGCAGUUCUGCCAGAAGUUCUCGCAAUGCGUCCCAGACACUAAGCGAGACGUGGCGCCACUGUCCCAAGAACUGAUCAAGCCCAUGUUCUUCUUCCGCUGCUACAAGCACAAGAAGUUGGAGGCGUGCAUCAUGAAGGACAUUCGGGAACGUUUCACCAGCGAGGAUGAGUUAGACACCGACACUGAUUUUAGGUCGCUGUCGCGCUCGGCACGCGCGACGCGGGCCCGCGACGAGCCGCUGCCCGACCCUCGCUUCGACGCCCUCGACGAGAUGGCAGUCUACCUCUACGACUAUCUCAGUGGAGGCAACGGAUUCGACUUUGAUCUCUACAUGUAAUGCUGACAAACUGCCGCUGAUUCUCCACAGUCUCGUGAUAACAGCCUUUAAAACCUUGAUUCGAUAUAAAGUCGUGCAUUCAAACUUCA